AUGAUGGAGCUCCAGAGGAACCUCUCGGACGUUCACUUCGCCUAUGACGAGUCCGAGUUGACCGAUGCCUCGCGAAGCGCGCUUCAGGCCAACUCGGCUUGGCUGCAGCGGCCCUAUGUCUCGGCGCAGAUCCAGAUCGAGGGUCAUUGCGACGAGCGCGGCACCGUGGAAUACAACCAGGCGCUCGGUGAGCGGCGGGCGCGCGCAGCCUACGACUACCUCGUAUCGCUGGGGGUGCCGGAUAGCCGGAUCGAGAUGGUGAGCUACGGGAAGGAGCGCCCGCAGUGCACCGAGAGCGACGAAGACUGCUGGCAGCGGAACCGUCGCGCCCACUUCCAGAUCACGGCCAGGUAG